AGUCUAUAUUUGGGAGCUCUCUCGAUCAUGAGUACAUGAAAAGAAGGAAGAAAAAGAAUCUAUGCACUUUCUAAAUGCAAAAUUACAAUCAAGAAACGGACUCAAUCUUUUAAUUGCAGGAUCUCCCUAUACAUGUAAAUAUCUCAAAAUUGAACAGCAGAAAUGAAAGAACCAGAGAGGCUGUCCUCUUACCACAUCUGCCGGAUACUGGACAGCAGUUAUGUCAUUGGGUUGCAAUCAGCCUCCACCUCUCUCUCUCUCUCUCUCUCUCUCUAUUCAACUGCCAGAACUAAUGACAAUAUAUGUGUCUCUGUGUGUGUGUCAUUAAUUCGUGUUGUUUUCCUUUUCCCUAUGUGGGUGUCUUCCUAGUUUUGAGCAUGCUAAAACUCACGGCUCAUUCAUCCUUUUAGCCGCUCACUCAUAACUGCCAAUAACCGUUUUUCCCCACCACCCCCACCUGGUUCAUUUUGGCACCUUAGAAAACAAAAGGGGGAGGGAGAGAGAGAGAGACACCAAGCAGCCUAACUCCUCCUAUGCCCAUUCCUCUUCCUUGGGCACCGCUCUUUGUCUCUAAUGGCAAAGACGGUGUUUUGCACCCUCUUAGCUAUUGCCUUCAUCGUCCUGAUCAUCAUGGUCUUCUCACCCGCCUCACAACAAGGUCAAGACCGCCCUGGCGCCCUACAUCGUCGUCUUGGCCACAACUUUUCUGUUUCUACUUUCGAUCCUCUAGUUGCUAAAAUUGAGAGGUUGGCUGAAAAAAAUGAACUGGGUGGCCCCGUUAAUCCACUCAUUCUCAAAGAUGAUUCCCUCGCCGAAGAGGUUGCAGAAGCACGCGAAUAUUUUAGUGAAGGAAAAUUGAAUGUAACAUUGCGGUUGAUGGUUUUGUUUCCUUUCUUAGACACGGCACCAAAUGAUGGGGUUGUUAGUUUCAAGGAGCUAGAGGGUUGGAUUGCACAACAAGCGCAUGACAGAUUGAACUAUAGAACAGAGAAAGAGUUGGCAUUGCGUGACAAAGAUGGUGAUGGAGCCAUAUCUUUCAGGGAGUAUCUACCUCAUUUUUCCAAUGAAGAUAUAGAGAAAAAUGGCAUGGAGCAUGGUGAAGCUGGAUGGUGGAAGGUGCAACUUGAGAAUGCAGAUGCUGAUCAAAAUGGGUCUCUUAGCUUUGAUGAGUUUAAAGAUUUUCUGCACCCGGAAGACAGUAGCAACGAAAAAGUUAAAAACUGGAUUUUGACAGAAAAGAUCAAGUUGAUGGACCAGGAUGGUGAUUGGAAACUCAGUUUUCCAGAAUUCCUUGAACAAGCACAUGAUAUUCUCAAGAAUUAUGUUGACUUUGAAACUGCGGGGGCUCAUGUACCCACAGCCGAAGAGAACUUUGCAAUGCUUGAUGUGGACAAUGACAAAUUCUUGGCAGUGGAAGAAUUGAAACCCAUACUCCAUUACCUUCACCCAGGAGAACUGUCAUAUGCAAAAUAUUACAGUAGUCAUCUAAUUCGGCAGGCUGAUGAUAACAAAGAUGGGAAUUUAUCACUCGAUGAGAUGCUCAAUCACGACCAUAUUUUCUACAACACAGUCUACGACGAAAGCAAUGAAGAUCUUGAUGAAGAUUACCAUGAUGAGCUAUGAAGAGUGACCUCCAGAAUAUUCCUCAACAUUCAGUACAGAAGAACUUGGAAGGGGAAAAAAAAAAAAAGGAACAAGCACAGAAAAUCAGAAAAUCUUUCUGUGUGAAUCAAUCUCUAUGGAAGUACUAAAAUUUCCAUAUAUGCAUAGUAAACAUGACUGUAGGACCAAAAGUAAAUCGUUGUUGCCAUUUUCAUAUGUAAGAAAAUUAAUUUUGUUAUACAAACUGUGAGUUUAAAGAAGAGAUUGAAAACACUACCACUGUGUGUAUGUAGCAUGCCUCUUUGCUAGGUUUGGCUGGUAGUAUAUAUAUAGUAGGGAGAUAAUCGGUUGAGUGAACUGCAUGAAGCAUUGUAAUAAGCAAAGCUUUACUUAAAUCCCUC